UUCAAUGACAUCAACUACAAAGAGAUACCAAUUGUGUGAAAAGAGAAACAGAUGAGACCCUGAAGUGACACAAAAGGUUGCUAAUAGAUAGCCUGGCCUUCUGUUGUCUCUUUGUGUCUCUUUCAAUCUGGGUGUACAGCUCCUUUAUAGGUGGGUUAGUGGCCUUUUAAAUGUCUGAGCCCAUGGCUCAUGUCUCAUAAUCCGUCCAUGCACCCUUCAACAUUUAUGAGUGUGCCAGAGUAAACAGUGAAGGGCAGAUGUGUCACUGGAUGGACUCUUCCACUGGAGCACUUCAGAAACGCUCCAUGACAGUCUGGAGUGACAAUCUAGCUAUCCCUCCCUCCCUCCCUCCUCUUAGCGCACGAACAAAAAGACAUCUGAGCUAUGUAGAUGGGGAGGAAAAAUCUCAGCACUUUGUACAGCGGCGCUCCGGUUUCACACAGUCCCUGACAGGCGGAGCGGCGCGCUGUUUUACGCAUAGCCUCCAGUCCUGCGGGGCAUUGUAGACAUUGUUUAGUAGCUGUGUAGUAGACUCCUGAGAAGACACCAGAGCGGCACAGUCUCUGAUAACUGGAUACCUGAGUCCAAAGUAAAAGUCUCUCAAAGAGAGAGGGGCUUGUUGGAGACGCGGAUUACAGCUGCGUAAAGGCAGGACGCAUGGACUAUUUACUCACAGCAAGAAUUUAAACGACAAAGCAGCGUACUUUAAGACUGAACUUGACGUUCAAAUUCGCGUUAAGACAAGCUGACAAGUAAAAGAAGACGACAACAAGGGUACCCUGUGAUUUCGUCCUUAAAUGAUGGACUGCGCAGAGUCUCUCCAUGGACGUUGUGAUUCUGUUCCGACCUUGACUUCAACUUAGGGAGACUCGGAACAUGUUGUGAGAAAUCUCCCGCGGAGUUAUUUACUCAUUAACUAUACAAGCUGUUUGGAGGCAAGACUGAACAGGUUAUUGGAGGUGCUGAGACUCUGACAGGAUACCGGCCAGAGUUUAAAAAAAAAAGAAGGGUUUUUGGCCGCGUAAAAAACGAGGAGGAGGAGGAGGCGCCUUUCCCGUUGAGGCAGAGUCGCAUUAGAUGGAUUCUUCAUGUUUGCUUCAGCCUCAGUGGAGACAGUUUUCUCUGAACACUUACAAGCCCUUACAGUGAGCUGUAAAACAUGUCACAUCGCUGCGUAUGGAUAGUCCAAAACAUGAGCUGCCCCGGGCGAGAAAGAAGCGACUCACUGGUCCUCUCCGGUGCGCACUUGGAGCAGACUGCGCACAAGACAGCCGGUGGGACAAGAUGGAGAGUUCAUAGGAAGGAUAGACCCGAGAUCGCUUCUGUAAUGUCAGCAAAGGCCAAGGUGCUACUGUGGGUGCUCUUCUCUUUGCUGCCUCUCGUAGAAGGAGCUCAUAUGAAAGCCGGUUCUGCUGGUGUGGGAUCAGACUCGGGCCGGGCUGUGGGCCUGCUGGGAGGCCAGGAGGAGCGCGAGUUCCCUGUGACGCUGCCAGAGGUGGUGGAGGACGAGGAGCAGGAAGAUGACAGUGACCCUUACUCCACUUGGCAUUCUCUUUAUGACCCCUUUGUGAUAGAUGAGGUCGAUGACCAUCCCAGUAGUCGCUGGGUGGGACGCUCUCCCCGCUCCUCUGACCCCUCAGAACCUCAACCCAAGGGAUCACCGAAAAAAAAGAAGAAGAGGAAGAAGAAAGAAAAGGAGGAAGCGGUAGAGACAGGAAGAGGAGACAGAAAGGGUAAAGGUAAAAACAGGCAGCCGAAGCAGAGCAGCAGGGACUGUCGUGUGGAAAAGAGAGAGAUGAGGGUACGGGACCUGGGUUUGGGGUUUGACUCUGACGAGAUCGUCCUCUUUAAGUUCUGUGUCGGCUCCUGUCAGUCCUCAAGAACAAACUACGACCUCGCUCUGAAGGCGCUGCUGGAAAACGGGUCACUACCGAGGCGCACUGCUCGUAAGGUCAGCAACCACCCGUGUUGCCGGCCUGACCGGUAUGAGCCUGUUUCUUUCAUGGACGCUCAAACCACCUGGAGGACCAUCCAGUCAUUAUCUGCUGCCAGCUGCAUGUGCAUGGGCUAAAAGAAUGGACGAAAAAAUAACAAAGAGGAGAGGUGUCGCUUGUCCUGUACAGAGAUGAAUCAAGAGGCUCAGUGUGAGGAUGGUCUGAGGGGGGCGCUGCUACACAAACACAGCAAAGGAAGUAAAUGAGACAACUUGUUCUGUGUAUUUCCUUUUGAGGAUGGGGAGGUCUGGAUGCUGCUGGACGAUGGAGGUCAAAAUCAAAGCCUGAAGGGAACUAAUCAGGUUCACAGUCUGGAGUUAUUGUUUCUUCCUCAAAGAGAGAAUGUUUUUAAAUGAAUAACUCUUAACUACUGUGGGAACCUCCACACCAGUUAUCAGACAUUAAAGAGACUGAAUGCAUGGACAUGUUUGAGUUUUAAUGGGCAAGUCCUCAAGGCUAAAACUCAAAUAUACAAAGAAAAGACACAAUAUCAGGAUUGACACUGUUUUUAUAUUGGAAUUAAGACUGAAAAACGCCCAAUAAGACGCUCACUUUUAAUCACAGUGAAGUCAAAACCUCCUAAAGCAAUAUCAUUUAUAUCACAUAAGAACAGGCAUUACAUUGUUUCUAUGUUCAGAUGAACUCAGCCAAAUGGAUGCCAUGCAUCUUCAUGUAUUACUGUGUCAAAGUAAAAUAUAUUUAUUUCUGAUAAAUUAUUUAUUUAUUAUAGCUUGAUACGAGAGCUAUUUUUUUUUUAUUAACUCCAUAUUGUGGAUAAAUAUCUAUUUAUUACGAAGACUCAGAUUUCAUGUGGACAGUUACUACUUACAUGCAGAACGUGCAUUUCUUUUUUUUUAAUGCAGAUUUUUCACAUUUAUCCAGCAUCUCAUACAGCCCGACUACAGAUUCUGCUCAGACUAAGAUUGGAAGCAAUAAACAUUUCUGAAAUGAUUAGAGUUAUUUUAUAAAAUAAAAUCUUCAUCCAAAGUCUUAGGUUCUCUAUGGCAUUGAUUUCUUUUUUAUUUUAUCUUGAAAUCCUCGUCAUUAAAAAAGAAACAAAUCAGCCUGCAUUGAAUCAAUGUGGUAUAUCUGGUUAACUUUGAAAAAAACAAGUUUGACAGUGGAUAUUUAAUUUUGCAGUGAUAAUUUUAUCAGUGUUCCUGAGCGAAGUCAUAACUCUAAGUGUCCAGAGUGGGAAGACUUUUUUUUAUAUAUGUAUACAACAGGACCUCAAUUUAUUUCUCAUCUUAGUAUGGGGAGGAACUUCCACUCUGUUACACUUCUCCAGUAUGUCACAUUAAUAUUAUUGUUUUAUAAAGUGUACUUUAUUUUUGUAUGGCAUAAUCCUCUAAGGGAAUAAAGCUUUUUAAUAUA